GUAGUUUUAAAUUUUCGGAUAGCUCGAAUUUCGAGUAAUUCGAAUUUCGGGUAGCUCGAUUCGAGUUUUCGGAUAACUCGCAGCUCGGUGCAUACAUAAUCAGGAAAAAAACACUUUAAUUUCGAGUAGCUCGAUUCGAGUUUUCGGGUAACUCGAAGCUCGGUGCAUACCUAGUAAUGAUUUUGAUUAGCACAGUAAUUGUUUAUGGUUAUGUAGUAAACAAAAAAUAUCUAACAACAAGAAAGCUUUUAGAAAUUGUCUUAACAUAGAGGUUCUAGGCAUGCACCAAUACCAAUCAAUAUUGAAGAUAUUGUAUAAUAUUAUUGGCUAUCCAAUUACAUUGGGCUAUACACUGGAUUCCAAUUUUUUAACCUUAAUAUCAUUUCCUUCAUAAAACGUGAGGAAACAUGUCCCCAUUGGGAUAUAAAAACGUAUCUCGAUCGGGAUUACGCAUGCACCGAUAAAUAGUCGAUAUUGGGACAUUCAGCAAAGUCGUUCCGAUUCAGUUGUUAAAAAGUACUUAGACCUGCCGAAUGUCUCAUUUUGUAGAAAAAUGUUUGCUCUACCAACCUGAAGUACAAAGGGACAUUUUAGUGUUAUCUGUGACAGAAAUAUAAGCAUCCAAAACUGACCAAUGUGAAAAAAUGAGCGACUAUCGAUUAUUAUUCUACGAUUUUAGUGCGUUUUCGAUUUAUUGUAUUUUCUCUAUAUAUAACAUAAUUUUUCUGGCAGUUCAAUUGGGUAGAGCAAACAUUUUCCUACAAAUUGAGACAUUCGGCAGGUCUAAGUGCUCUUUUAUAACUGAUUCAGAACGACUUUGCUGAAUGUCCCAAUAUCGAUUAUUAAUCGGUGCAUACCUAACUGGGUUAUAUUUUGUUUCAGAGCGGGAUAUAAAACUUGCAUCUGUACUCUAAAAGUAGGUCGAAUUCAAGCGAUCUAAUAUCUAAUAAAAUUGUGAAAAGCGCACUAUAUUGGGGUGACCAGUAUUAUUUGGACCCAAUAUAUUGUAUUGGUACAUGUCUAAGAGAGCCUCAGAGGCUCUCUAAAUUUUCCCGCAAAAAUAAAAGUCAAUAUUUCAAAGUUCUAGUUCAACAAUUUUGCUCGAAGUAAUCGCGUAGUUUAGUUUGAAACUAUUUCGGGACCAAAAAAUGUGUGCCUUGUCACAAUUUCUCUUUUCCCAAAUUUUUCUCAAAGUUCAAUCAUCUUUUCAGUUUUGAAAUUUUUGCAAGAAUAUCAGUAUUCUUUCAGGCGAGAGUUCUUGGAACGUUUUUUGCAUAUGAACUCUCUACUGCUCCUUCUUUCCUAGAUUUAACGGUAACAUACAAUAACUUAUAUACGAAUUUAUUUGAUUUUUAUCCACUUUAUAUUGGAGCUAUAAUGUUAUUAAUGUUAAUUUGGUCUGCUUUGUACAUUUUCUUGGCUGUUUAUGUUGAACGCGUGCAUCCGGGUGCAUUUGGUGUUGCACGGCCAUGGAACUAUCUGUUUCAGCGGAAAAAUAACAAAAAAAUAAAACCCGUUCCACAAAAUGGUUUAAAAAGUGUUCCAUUAAAAAUGUUUAACGAAAAAUGGAUUGAAUCCAAACCAAGUUCAGGUGUUUCUGGUGUUUCAAUACAAAAUUUAACAAAAACAUUUGGCGAUUUUAAAGCUGUUUCGAAUUUAUCAUUGGAUUUCUACGAAAACGAAGUUUGCUGCUUACUUGGACAUAAUGGAGCUGGAAAAACAACGACCACGUUUAUGCUCGUUGGAAUGCUGGAGCCAACCAGUGGGUGUAUUUUCGUAAAUGAUUUGGAUAAUAAAACGAAUUUGGAAGCAGUGAGAAAAAAUAUUGGCUUUUGUCCACAAUCCGAUAUAUUGUAUGAUGAAUUAACCGUGAGGGAACAUUUGAAACUAGUGGCAAAGAUUCGUCAGAUGCCAAGGACUGAAAUAGAGCGAUCAACUGACCGAAUACUUGCAUUAAUCAAUUUAAGAAAAGAUGCACAAACUUUGGCAAAGAAUUUAUCUGGUGGAAUGAAACGACGAUUGAGUAUUGGUAUGUCACUCGUUGGCGAUCCAAAGAUUUUAAUUUUUGAUGAACCAACAAGUGGAAUCGGUACGACGAAUCCAAAACAUCGUCGUGAAAUUUGGGACGUCAUACGAAUUUUAAAGCAUGAUAAAGAAAAUCGACGUACAAUCGUCUUUACAACACAUUAUCUGGAUGAAGCUGAUGUUUUAGCUGAUCGAAUUGCGAUUAUGACUGCGGGGGAAUUGCAGGCACAUGGAACACCCGAUUUUUUAAAACAACAAACUGAUCUGGAAUAUCGUCUGUUUAUGGACAAAGACGCCGGAUGUCAAGAAGAAAUUGUUCGAACGCAUAUUCAACAGUAUAUUCCAAAUGUGAUAUUUGAUCGAGAAUCUGUAUCGGAACUUCGCUAUGGUAUCCUGAGAGGCCAGGAGGAAAACGUUCAACAAUUAAUUAGUUCACUAGACAAGGCAGCUCAUCUGCAGAUUAAAAAUUAUGGUAUUGCUACAAUAACAACUGAAGACGUUUUCUUACAACUUGUUGAAGAAGCGCAUUACGAUAAACCAGAUACAAUUGCUAAUGGUCUACAGUCACAUCCGCAGAAGAAAGAUUUAAUUACCAAAGUUUUCGGUCAACAUGAAAAGGUUAAAGGCUUCAGUUUGCGUUUGAUACAGUAUUAUGCUCUAUUAAUAAAACGUCUGAUAAUCAGUCGUCGUCAAUAUAUCACGACACUUGGAUUUUUAUUACUUCCUUUAUUAAUUGAAAUUUUAACUGUUGCUGUUUUGCCUACUCCAACUCAGAUUCAAGCGAGUUUACUUCAAAAUGAUCAUGUUAAAGGAGCGAGUGUUAAACUCAUUCCGUCAAUUUACAACCAACCACAACAGCAGACCGUGGUUGUCUAUGGGAAUAAUAAUGGAAGCAAUAAUUUAAACAAUCUUUUAACAUAUUUGUCGAAUAAUCAGAAUGUAAAUGUGGAUCAAAUCUCAUCGGAUACGGUCAUGUCAUACGUUCAACAGCAAUACACACAAACAUAUGCAGUUUUCAUUUAUAAAUAUCAAAUAGCUCAAUCUUUAUAUAAUAAUCUUUCCACUCCGUCAUUGACAUUCGAUGCAUUUUUCAGUUCAGUAAAUUAUCAUACGGCAGCUGUUACUUUGGGUGUUUCAAUGACACAACUUUUUCAAUUUUAUGCCGGUUCAACAGCAAAACAAAUAAUAACAACAAACAUGCCGUUGAUAACCACAUCCACGACGUCGUCUUCAUCAGCUGAUUUAUUAAAUAAAUUGUUAUGUUUCGAUGCACUACCAAUGGUUUUAUUUGGAUUUUUAAACUCGAUAUUAGUUAUGCUGUUUACAAUCGCAGAGUUAUAG